AGGAAGUUGCGCAGUGGAGCGCAGUGUGGAGCAGUUUGACGCACGUCAGCCGCAGUUUUGUCUGCCGAGUCAAACUUUUGACCCUUCUUUGGGAUUUCCUUUCCACGACGAUUUUCCUGCAACGUAAUUGUUCUUUAUUUGACUUUUGAAUCAUUUUGUCAGUUUGCCCACCUUUCUCCACUUUGGUGUGAUCGCGAAUCUUCCUGCCUGACCGACUGCCGGGUGUGAGUGCCGAGAAGCGCCUCCUUAUUUUUCUAUUUCUACCAACAUGGCACAUUUAACAGGAUUCAUUAGUUAGUAACGUCGUCCCGCUGAGACUCUGAAACUGAGAUGUUCUCCUGAGUAAAAGUUCAGAUCUAGUUGAAGACUUCCCUAAAUUACUCCGCAGAAAACACAAUGGCGACCAAUAUAAUUGUGGAGCAUCAGAUUUCUCAUAAAUUUACAGUGACGGUGGUUCGGGCGGAGAACGUCACCAAAGGAGCGCUGGGUGACCUGUUGGAUACCCCAGAUCCUUACGUGGAGCUGUUCAUCCCGACGGCCCCAGAGAGCAGGAAGAGGACCAAACACAUAGAUAACAACAUCAACCCCAUAUGGAACGAGACCUUUCACUUCAUACUAGACCCCAACCUGCCAAAUGUCCUGGAGUUAACGUUAAUGGACGCCAACUACGUGGUGGAUGAAACUCUUGGGACGGCGUCUUUUGAGAUAGCCAAGCUCGAAGUGGGCCAGACAAAGAAGCACACUUGUUCCGUUGGCAAAGCAACCAAAGUACACUUAGAGAUGACACUGGAGAUCUGCACAAACCAGGACCUGAGGUUCAGUCUGGCCUUGUGCGACAAAGAGAAGGAGUUCAGACAAACCCGCAAGGAGAGAGUGAUGCUCGGGAUUAAAAAGCUGCUGGACAUGGAGAAACCUCGCUUCCUCCCCAGCUCUCCGGAGGAGGUCCCAGUGAUAGCCAUAGCAGGUUCAGGAGGGGGGUUUCGUGCAAUGGUUGGCUUCGCCGGUGUGAUGAAGGCCCUGUUUGAGUCUGGGGUCUUGGAUUGUGCCACUUAUGUUGCUGGUCUUUCUGGAUCCACAUGGUAUAUGACCACUCUGUACUCUCACCCUGACUUUCCAAAUAGAGGCCCAAAGGACAUAAACAGUGAGCUGAUGAAUCGAGUCAGCAGCAACCCGCUGAGGCUGUUGAUGCCUCAGCACGUCACCAACUACAUCCAGGCACUUUGGACUAAAAAAGCCUCUGGACAGCCUGUUACCUUUACCGAUAUAUUCGGUAUGCUCAUAGGAGAGACUCUCAUUCCUGCGAGGAUGCACAUCAAGCUGAGUGGCUUUCAGGAGAAAAUAAACCAGGCUCAGAGUCCUCUCCCCCUCUUCACAUGUCUGCACGUCAAACCAGAUGUAUCAGAGCUCAUGUUUGCAGACUGGGUGGAGUUCAGCCCGUAUGAAAUCGGGAUGGCGAAGUACGGGACUUUCAUGAAGCCCGACUUGUUUGGAAGCAAGUUUUUCAUGGGGACUGCCGUGAAGAAGUACGAAGAGAACCCUAUUCAUUUUCUGAUGGGCGUGUGGGGAAGUGCCUUCUCCAUUUUGUUCAACAGAGUCAUUGGAGUAAGGGACACAUCUGAUAGAAGCACUAUGGAGGAGGAGUUAGAGCAGAUCAAACCGCAGCACAUCGUUGGAGAAGACAACGACAACGACGAUGAGCCGCGCAAAGGUGGUACAGAAAACCAGGAGGCCGAGGAAGAGUUCCAUCGCACCGCUCAGGCUAGCUUCGUUCAGCGGAUGUUCACCUCGUUCUUCGGCGAAUCGACUUUGUUCAACACGAGGGAGGGUCGAGCUGGGAAGGUGCACAACUUCAUGCUGGGCUUGAACCUGAACACCAACCAGCUCAUGUCUCCGGUCAAUGAAACGCUGUUUCCUGCACACGUGCCUGAGGAGGAAGUGGAUGCCGUGACAGAUCCUGAUGAAUUUGACCGGAUUUACGAGCCGCUGGACGUGAAGAGCAAGAAGAUCCAUAUCGUGGACAGCGGCCUGACCUACAAUCUCCCCUACCCUCUCCUCCUGAGGCAGCAGCGGGGAGUUGACCUCAUCAUCUCCUUCGACUUUUCAGCUAGACCAAGUGACUCCAGCCCUCCAUUUAAGGAGCUCCUGUUGGCAGAGAAGUGGGCCAGAAUGAACAAGCUUCCAUUCCCAAAGAUUGACCCGAGGGUGUUUGAUCGCGAGGGUCUGAAGGAAUGCUACGUGUUCAAACCCAGGAAAGGAGAGAGGAACUGCCCAACUGUCAUCCAUUUUGUCUUGGUCAACAUUAACUUCAGGAAGUUUAAAGCACCUGGUGUUGCCAGAGAGACCGAGAAGGAGAAAGACUUGGCAGAUUUCGACAUCUUUGAUGAUUCCGAGUCCCCCUUUUCCACCUUCAACUUCCAGUACACCAACGAGGCUUUCAUCCGACUUCAUGACCUGAUGGAGUUCAACACGCUCAACAACCUCGAGGUUAUUAAAGAAGCCAUCAAGGACUGCAUCGUGGCACGGAAGGAGAAUCCCUCUCUUCCCUUCUCCCUGAGCAAUAUUCCUAAAAGGAAGUUUGCUAAAAAAGAUUCUCCACCCAACCCGUUCAAUCAUCAUGGAGAUAAGGAUCACCAGUAACUAACGGCUAAAACUUGGGAUAAAUUUGGGGGAUUUUGGUCAGUUCAACCUUUUAAGGUUCAGCCUUUUACUUUGGAAAAUGCUCUCAUCCUGAUCACUGUGUAACGGAUUUAUGAAACUCAGACUUUCUGCACUUUCAAGUGCACCAAUGUGAUUUCUGGAAAAGCAAUCCUCUCAUAACUACUUUCCCUGCUGGCUGGGUGUUGAAAGUUAACAUUUGUAAUGCUUUGCUGCAGCUGGAUGGCUGUUUUUUCCACCACAGACAACAUAACGUUUGUCUGGAAAUGUAUUCUUUUGGUUUUAAUGUCCACGAAAGCACCAGAACCACUUCGCUGCUCUUUAUUUUUCUGCUGCAGCUCCAAGAUUCCUAAUGGGUGAGGAUGCUUCAUGGUGUUAGUUCCUGCAAGGAAAAGCAAAGCUGCAUUUGCAUCUAUUCAGUUACUUUGUUUGCAGUCAUGACGCUGGCAAAUUUCACCUUAGGUUUUAUGGAUUGACAGUGCGAAGCGUCACCUGGAGGUUUUUAAACUGAAGAUGUGGCUUCAGAGCAUUUAUUUUCCCUGUAUUGGAUGACUUGUUUUAACAUGUAAUCCUGUUUGAAAACAUGGAUGAGGAGUUCGUAAUCUUUGGUUUUGUUUGACGGCACCUCAUAAACACAAAUCCGUGCACUACCUCUGGAUAUCCCAAACAUCUUUAGGAUGUUUACCCACCUACGGAGAGGGAGCACUCCCUGCUGCACUGGAAGGGAGCGCCACUUUAGGUCCACCACUUUGGAAAAACAAAACUUGAUGCCAUAGCAACAGCCCUGCCCCUCUUUCUCACUCUCUGAACCCGCAUGAGAAUAAGUAUGCUUAUCAUUUUUUGAGUAUAUCAGCUCAGAGUGCUAAAGAAUCUGGUCAGUUUGAUAUUUUCUGGCCAUUUUCUGCUCCAGAAAGUCAAACUCUCUGGACGCCAGGAUGGCGUGACCACAGGGUGGAAGAAUAAUAGCUUUUAGCAGCAACGGGUGGAAUUUUUCACACUAUACCUGCAGCAGCAAAGGCCUGGAAUCUGACACUACUCCUAUACCUGCAGGGGCCCGAAGGCUGCACACAGAGCUGUAGAGUUUUGCACUGAAGCACUUCCCGAGCUCUCCUAGCUCGUGUUUCAACCCAAACAAUUUGGAAACUGAGAAGAUGCGUAAAAAGCAGAUUCGUAAACACACCGAUUUAUGAUCAGGGAGUUUUUAUUAGCAGAUUUUCUAUCCGAAUUGUCUUUUUUUCUCUAAAUAGAUUUAAUGUGAGUCAUAUAUUCACUUUCUUAUGUAGACUUACAGUAAAAGAUCAAGUGCUUUUUAUGUUUAUGCAUCACAAAACUCAUCAACGCUUUAUUAAAGACUGGAAAUGGGUGCAAAAGGUGAUUUUCUGGUUUGUACAGGUGAGUUUUAAUUACUAAACUUUACGUGAUGCUGGAACUGAUUUAGUUACAGUUGGAGCAUUUUAACCCCGUAUAAAAGCUUUUAGCGGUGUCGUUAGCUUAUUUAUGUGUGUGAAAAAUGGAGGUUGGCUUAAAGACAGAUUUUUAGCGUUUGAUGAGCCAAUUUGUGUUUUUUUUUUGUUUGUUUUGCUUUUGUUUGGCAUGGGUUAAUUCCUGAGAAACACUGCUGACUGACAUCUCAGCAGCUUUUCUUUCCUCUCUUCAGAGUUGUUAUUAUUCUCUACUGAGUUCAUUGUGGUUCUGGAAGGGAUUUAUUUGAGUUUAAAUAGAUGAUAUUCUCAUGAAAGUGGUUAAACGUGGCACUCAAAAGAGGUUGUUUGGUUAAAAAAGCAAACUUUGAUGCGUUUUGAGGACAUUUUUUGUAAUGUGUACCUUUUGCAUAACAGCUCAGAGUUAACAAGUAUAGCUAAUUUUCUAGUUUUUUAAGAUGUUUACAAACUAAAUGGUCAGUUCUGUGGAGAAGCAACCGCCUGGGGUCAUUAAGUGUAUUAUAACUGGCAAAAAAGAGGUAUAUAACAUUUAUGUUAAUGUUCAAUAAUAAAAGGCAGAAUUUAUCUUUCGUUUGUGUUUUCUGUUCAAUAAUUUGACAUCCAGUAAAAUCCUCCUGAAAUAGCCCAUCGGGUGAGAAAAAUAGAAAUCUCGCAGUUUUUUUAAUGUCCUGUUUCCUUUUGUUUUGCUUCCUUUCAUGUUUCAAAAUGAACAUUUGAUCUGUAACUGAAUGGAAUUAGGAAAACCAGAAGGCUUGCUGCAUCUGAACACCAAAAAACAUUAAAGAAUAAAAAGAAAAUUAAGCAGACAUAAACAGAAAACAUGUUUUGUAAUUCCUCCCUAAAACGGAGCUUCUUUUGUCAUCUGGGAGUUAAUUCAAGAUCUCAGAUUCAAAGGUUUAAAAGAAAAGAAGUUAGGUUAACAUGUUUAUUUAUGCUUUUAUUAUGUUUGAAUGUUUAGUCCACAAAGUGUAAAUGACAAAUAUUCAGGUAUAGGUUAAAAAACAAUAAAACAAUAAAAUGAAGCAGAGUUUUGAUUAUUAAAUGACUCAUCAGGAUUUAGGAGAAAAUUAAAGAAGUUGUAUUUAUCAUGUAGAAUGUUGAUUUUUCUUUUUUCUGUUAUUAAACCUGUCAUCACAAACUUUA